AUGGGUAAGAAGAAGGUCAAGAACGCGGUGGGUGUAGAAAGUCUGGCGUCCAGGAGCGUUCCGAUUUUGGAAAUUGAGUUUUCCGAGCCGCUAUUCGCUUUUGCAUGCCAUCCAGAAAAUCCUAUUUUGGCGUGCGGGCUGGCCAGUGGGCACGUUUUCUGUUACAAAUACGACGCAGAUUUGCUGGAAGAGCAUUUGAAAGUGCAAGAAACGAAUUCUAGAGGGUCAAAAGCGGAUCUGGAUACCAACAAAGCUACUCAACCUUGGGUAGCUCUGAACGUAGAGCCCGAUGCACGCAAUGAGACCAGCGGAGUCGACCUGCUGUGGAAGACGAAGCGGCAUAAGGGCAGUGUGCGGUCGAUUUUUUUCGAGGCAGAUGGUAGUUUCAUGUAUUCAGUGGGCAGCGACGGGGUACUCAAGAAGGCCAACACGGAGAACGGUAAAGUGGUGAAAAAAAUAGAUCUCACGGAAACCAUAAGUGGGAAAUGUACCAAGGGUUACAAGUCGAGCACGCAUUCUAUAGCGUUAAUUGGAGACGAAGGCGGGAACGUGACGGUUCUGGACACGGAAACGCUGGCGAUUAAGAACGUUAUUCGCGGCAUACAUAACGGUGACGCCAUCAACGACAUCUUCCAAUUUUCAAAAAGGUCUGCGCACAAAUUCAUCUCGCUGGGGCAGACCACGCUCGCAUAUUGGGAUUCGCGUGAAUCUAACGAACAGGACUUCCAGAUAGUUCCUGGCGACACCGAGGCCAAACGGAAGGUACUCUUGAGCGAUGACCAAGAGGAUGAAAUCCUGUGUGGAACGUUUGUCAAUCCAGAGGAUGGCGAGAGUUUAGUUUGUGGUUUGGGAGAGGGAGUACUCACAGUAUGGAAGCCGAAAAAAAACGAUCUCGCCGAUCAAAUAACCAGAAUCAAAGUCAAGAAAAACGAGAGCUUGGACUGUGUUGUGCCCACUUUGCAGGACGAUAAUUGUGUUUGGGCAGGAUGCUCGGAUGGCCAAGUUUACAAAGUAAACGUCAAGAAUUCAAAAGUUGUUGAAUUUCGGAAACAUUGCAGUGAUGACGAAGUGGUCUUCCUAGAUCUGGACUACGACUAUCGACUUGUUUCUGGAGGAAUGGACGUGGUCAAAAUAUGGCAACUGAACCGCGAGGAGUUAUCGGACCAAGCGGAAGCGGAGUCGCAAGAUGAGAGCUCAGGUACUGACACCUCUGACAAGGAGUCCGAAGAGGCCUAUUCUGAUUCCGAAGACUCAAGCAAUGAAUCUGCGUCGUCAGGCGAGGCUAGCUCGAUGGACGAUGAGGUUUGGGACAAGCUGGAGGAUGGUAACGAUGCGAACUCUGGCGCGAACUCUGACUCAAGUUCAGAAGGUCAAUCUAUUGGAUUAAGCAGAGAGGAGUUGAUUAACGAGUUAGAUAAAGACAUCUAUGGCGAAGAAAGUGCCGUUGACGUCGCUCCUUCUGCGAAGAGGAGAAAAACCAACGAAAUCGACCCUAAAUCUGCAGCAAAGCUCAGCAAGAAGCAAAAACGAAAACAAGAACAGCUUACUGCUAAACAGCUCCGAAAUUUACAAAAACACGAACACGGCAUCAAAAGAUUUGACGAUUUGUGA